UGGAGACUCCUGGUGGAUACUUGUGAGGCGACUUGAAAUGGACAAUGAAGCUUCACAAAUGGCGAACAUGAUGGAGUGCUAGAUUUGCUCGUCUUUAGUUCUAUUGGAAGUUAGAACAGUAGAAGUUAGCGAGAGCAAAUGAAGACUCUCAGCAGAGAUGAAAUCGACUUGGAAGGUGGAAAGGUGGAAAAAAAUAAGGAGAAAACAAUACGCAGCAGCAGGGUGGUAAAAUUUCACAACCAGGCUUUGUUGUCUGGUCUUGCAUAUUGCAUCUCAUCCUGCAGCAUGAUAUUGAUUAACAAGUUUGUCCUGUACAGCUACGAUUUUAACGCUGGCAUAUUUUUGAUGCUCUAUCAGAAUCUGAUCUCUGUGGUUUUAGUAUCCAUCUUGAGUGUAUUGGGCAUCAUAUCAACAGAACCGCUUACAUGGAGAUUGAUUCGUGUCUGGUUGCCUGUGAAUGUUAUAUUUGUUGGGAUGCUCAUUACAAGCAUGUUUAGUUUGAGAUAUAUUAACGUUGCUAUGGUAACAGUCCUGAAAAAUGUUACCAAUGUGAUCACUGCCGUUGGUGAAAUGUACCUUUUCAAGAAGCACCAUGAAAGCAGGGUUUGGGCUGCAUUAUUCUUAAUGAUAAUUUCAGCAAUCUCUGGCGGAAUUACAGAUCUUUCUUUUCAUUCUGUUGGCUACAUGUGGCAAAUUAUUAAUUGCUUCUUGACGGCAUCAUAUUCAUUAAUACUACGGAGGGUCAUGGAUACAGCGAAGCAAGUCACCAAAUCUGGGAACAUGAAUGAAUUUUCAAUGGUUUUGCUCAAUAACAUUCUUUCAUUGCCUCUGGGGGCUCUGCUUAUAUUUGUAUUCAAUGAGGUGGAUUAUCUCUCUAACACGCCACUUUUGAAGGUGCCUAUGUUUUGGCUGGUGAUGACUUCAAGUGGAUUUUUGGGCCUUGCAAUCAGCUUCACUUCAAUGUGGUUUCUUCAUCAGACUGGGGCCACAACAUAUAGCCUCGUGGGUUCGCUGAAUAAGAUUCCUCUCUCCAUUGCUGGAAUACUUCUGUUCAAAGUCCCGACUAGUCUCGAAAACUGUGUCAGCAUUCUUUUUGGUCUUUUGGCAGGGGUCUUUUUUGCAAAAGCCAAAAUGCGGGAGAGAUCUCAGACCUAAGAUCGAGACUGCCCCAUAACUCAAACACUGGUUUUAUGCGUAACUACAAUUUUGCACCCAGUUAUCUCACUGCAUCUGACUCCAUUUGAAUACAGCAACCAAAAUUUUCAAGUAGUCAUCAAAUGGAUUCAAUCAUAAGUUUGUGAAGAAAGAGUUGGUGCUUGAGAUG